ACACAGAAGCCACUGAAAGACACGCACGCAACGCAGCUACAUUCUUGUCCCAAUGGCACAAGAAAGAGAAGCUGAGGAAGCACCCAUUCACGGGGAUGUCUUAGAGGCCAUAUUCUCCCACGUGCCACUCAUCCACCUCGCACCCGCCUCUCACGUGUCAAAGGCCUGGAACCGUGCUGUGUCCUCCUCCCUGACCCACGUCAGACCCAUCAAGCCGUGGCUUAUGGUUCUCACUCAGAGCACCCGCGCCUCCCACGUGACAACCUUGCACGCGUACGACCCUCGCUCCCACGUGUGGCUGCAGAUUCAACACGAGCCGUCCAUCAACAACAAGCGUCACGCCUCCGCCGUUCGAUCAUCCCACUCCACGCUGCUCUACACGCUCUCCCCAGGCGAGUUCGCUUUCUCCGACGGCAAACUCAAUCUCGCGUGGCACCACGUGCCUCCCCCGCGCGUCUGGCGCACGGACCCGAUAGUGGCGCGAGUGGGUCAGCGCGUGGUUGUCGCCGGUGGCGCGUGCGAAUUCGAGGACGACCCGCUCGCGGUGGAGAUGUAUGACACAGAGAGCAGCGCUUGGGUGACGUGCCAGUCGAUGCCGGCGCUGCUGAAGGGGUCCACGGCGUCGACGUGGCUGUCGGUGGCCGUCGUCGGAGACGCUAUGCACGUGACGGAGAAAAACUCCGGCUUGACGUACUCGUUCGAUCCCAUUGCGAGGAAGUGGAAGGGGCCGUUCGAUCUGCGUCCUGAUCAGAGCGUUUACUGCUGCAUCACCGGAACUCUGGGGAAGCGUUUGGUGGUGGCGGGGCUGGUGGGGGAAGCGGAGAACAUGAAAGGGGUGAAGUUGUGGGUGGUGAAGGGUGAAUUGGGUUCGGGAAUGGAGGAACUUGGUGAGAUGCCGAAGGAGAUGUUGGAGAAGGUAAAGAGUGGUUCGGAAUUAGGUUCGGUUGAGAUGACUUGGGUUGGGGAUUUUGUUUACGUGCGGAACACGUCGGAACCGGAGGAGAUGGUGGUGUGCGAGGUUGUGGAUGGUGGUUUGUGUGAGUGGAGAAAUGUGCGGAACGCGGCUGUCAACGACGGCACAAGAAUGGUGCUUUGCGGCGGCGAUGUGUGCAUGGAGGAUGUACAGAAGGCGAUGACGUCGGAGAAAUGGAGAUUUUGCAUGAAACAACUGUGAACGGGGGUUGAAACUUAAUUAGCCCAUUAACUCUUUUGCGCUUUUUUUUUUUUUUUUUUUUUUUUUUUUUUUAAUUAUACAGUGUUGGCUUUCUGAAUUCGUAGACUUUUAAAGUGUAUUAAAAUAAAAUAAAAUCAUUCUCAUUAGUAGACAAACCCUUUUAACUCUCUCUUUUUUUUACCAAAUUUUUAGUUUAAACAAAAAGAGAAUAGGAGAAAGGGUGGAAAGGAUCGAGUGUGAGUGAUAAUUGGCACUGUUGUGUAACCUUUUAUAGAUAUUGGGGUGUCGUUAUUACGUUAUAUAAUCUUUUUGAGUUGUCUCUUUAUUCUAAUCAAUUAUUUAAUCUAUGU